UUAAAAGCCCGUAAGAUGGCGAGUGGAAAGGAUUCGAAGUCGAACAAUAAAGAGCUACUGUUCUCCUCCUCGUCCUCCUCCCCGAUGUUCCUCCGAAGCCUCUUCGCCUCCCUCUCUCGAUCCCAACUCCCCAUGUCACCGCCUCUCCUCAACCGAUCGGUAGCCAAUCCUACUGUUCCGUGGUUCUUCGCUUGCAACCGGCGAUUCGGCGUCCUCCGAGGGGUGGGCUUUGGCUCCGCUGCCAGGACCGACGAUGGUCGGCGGCCGCUUGUCGCGCCUCUUCCUCCCCCUACCUCCGACAAGGCUGAAAUGUACAAGGGCCUUGAAGCAGCAUUAGGUACACCUUUCAGUUCAGAUCCUUUAUCACCACCUCCAAAUCCUAUAGUUCUUGUUAUUAGUGGACCAAGUGGCGUUGGCAAGGAUGCAGUUAUCAAGAGGCUGCUAGAAGUUCGAGAAGGGAUUCAUUUUGUCGUGACAGCGACCAGCAGACCACAACGACCUGGUGAAAUCGAUGGAAAGGACUAUUAUUUUGUUACCAAAGAGGAGUUUCUUAAGAUGGUUGAAAGGAGUGAGCUUUUGGAAUAUGCUCUUGUUUAUGGUGACUAUAAAGGUAUUCCCAAACAGCAGAUUCGUGACUACAUGGCUAAAGAUUUUGACAUUGUGUUGAGAGUGGAUAUACAAGGUGCAGCCACGUUGAGGUCAAUACUGGGUGAUUCAGCAGUCUUUAUCUUUCUGGUUGCAGAGAGUGAAGCAGCACUUGUGAAGAGGCUUGUAGCUCGUAAUACAGAAACACCUGAAAUGCUUCUUGUAAGAAUUUCCACAGCUAAGGAGGAGUUCAAGCACAUGAGAAAAUUUGACUAUGUAGUUGUUAAUGCGGAGGGGAAACUUGACAAUGCAGUUAAACUUGUGGAAUCCAUCAUUGAUGCAGAGAAGGCUAGAGUCUGGCAGCGCAAAGUUCAAAUCUAAUUCAAUCAUUCAAGUGAUCUUGAAUUCUCAUUGUGUAAACAUUUAAUCAGUGCAUAUUCACUGAUUCAAGAAGGAGAGGAUGCUGUUGCUGGAAAUUCAGAAAAUAUCUCUUCUAAGAGGUACACUUAUGACAUUACAUCUGUUCACAUGUAAACUUCAUUUCUUUGAAUUUAGCUUAUUUUCAGUUUGAAUUGGCUUGAUUGUGUAGUGGAUAUUGAUCCUUAUUUUCACUCUAUAAUCACCUUGUAUCUUCAUUCAGAAGUAAUCUUGGAGGACCAUACUAAUCUUAUGAUCACCAAUAAAGUAUAUUUGGAUGUA